AUGUCACUAGUUUUCGAGAGUUCCGUACAAGCAGGAGCUAGAAGAGAUGCUGGCACUAUACAAAAACUGCUAGACGAGAAUGCCGUGUUAAUUCAAACAAUCGUCCGUUACCAGCGGGCAGGAAGAGUCAGAGACGCUUUGCGAUACCAGCAAUUACUACAUCGUAAUUUGGUCUACUUGGCUUCCCUUUCGGAUGAGGCGGCACUGAAGGAAGAAUUAGAAAUUAGUUCGGGAGUAAGCGUAACCGAUAUAUAA